AUUAUAAAAUCUAUUUCUAUUUCUAUUUCUAUUCCUAAAUUUAUAAAAUUAUAAUUUAUAAUUUAUAAAUUUAUAAUUAGGAAAAGCCCUUAAGCAAAUUAUUUUCGAAGUGACAUGAUGCAGUCAACUGUCCAUUUAUAUUCGAAGUCGAACUAGGCAGCUCAUGAGUUUAUCCUGCUUUUCAAUUUUGAUUAAAUUCUGAUCAAUGAGAAAUGUAUGUAGUAUUUCAAGAAUAUUGGUGUGAGUGUAUGGGCAGUUGUUGAUCACUUCUAUACUCAUAUCUACAUCCACAUCCUAUAUAUAUUGUUAGAAAAGGCACAAAUAUUAGAUUAAAGGCAAAACUUUAUCAAGUUCUUUAGUCUCAUACUAAUGCCAUUUUUGUAAACUAGAGCCGACUACGACAACAUCAACAACAAGCACAACAACAUCAUCAACAACAACAACAACAACAACAACAACUACAACAACAUCAUCAACAACUACAAGUACGAGUACAACAACAACAACAACAUCAUCAACAACAAUCGCGACAACAACAUCAUCAACAACUACAAGUACGAGUACAACAAUAACAACAACAACAACUACAACUACAACAAGUACAACAACAACAUCAACAACUACAAGUACAACAACAACAACAACAACAACAACAACAACAACAACAACAUCAACAACAAAGUCAACCACAACAACAUCAACAACAACAACGUCAACCACAACAACAACAACAUCAACAACAAAGUCAACCACAACAGCAGCUAUAAAUCCAUGUUUAACUGGUAAUUAUGUUUGGAAUACAUCAGGAAUUACUCUACUUAAUUCAUCACAAGUAACAAAUGUCGUGGAUAUAUACAUAGACUCAAAUGAUAAUUUAUAUAUUUCGGAUGAGUCUACUAAUGUUGUUGUAUGGAGAUUAUUGAAGAAUGCUGCAAGUUCAACGGUAGUUGCUGGAACACAAGGUUCAUCUGGAUCAAGUAGUACUCAACUUAGUUAUCCUCAAGGUGUCUAUGUUGAUACAAAUGGAACUAUGUAUGUAGCUGAUUACAUUAAUUGCCGCAUCCAAAAAUAUAUAAACGGAUCAACAGUUGGAAUCACCAUCGCCGGUAUAACUGGACCAGGUGGAUCCUCAUUAAAUCAAUUGUACGGUCCACGACUUAUUACUCCUGACCCGACACAAGCAUACAUAUAUGUUGCUGAUGCUAACAAUCAUCGUAUUAUGCGCUACUCAACAACUUCGACCUCUGGUAGCAACGGCGUACUUGUCGCUGGUGAAAUUGGAGCAGGAAACACUACUACAUCAUUAAACACGCCAUGGGGUAUUUGGUAUCAACCAUCUAUAAGUAGUGAUUUAUUUAUCACAAAUUAUGGUGGACAUUCAAUAAUGCGUUGGACACCUGGUGCUACUUCAGGUACUUUCAUUGCCGGUACAUCAGGUACAGCCGGCUCUAGCUCUACUCUUUUAAAUUGUCCGAUGGGUAUUAAACUAGACAAUUAUCUAAAUAUGUUUGUUGUUGAUCAAAGUAACCAUAGAAUUCAAAUGUUUUGUGCCAACAAUCAAACUGGUAUUACCAUUGCUGGAACUGGUGUUUCUGGUAGUACUACAACGACAUUAAAUGGACCAAGAGGUAUUGCAUUUGACUCAAAUAUGAACAUGUACAUAACUGAUUUUAAUAACAAGCGUGUGCAAAAAUUUUUGAAACUAUAG